AAUGACACCCGUAAGGCUAAACAACUUAAAAUAUGUAGUUGUACCAAGGGAUAGAUAUUUUCUUCGGGUAGAGGUGUCACUAAUUUAGAAUGGUACUGGAAGAGAAAGCCAAAAUAAAGAGGUUACUGUAGCAAUGACGGGUGCUGGAAUAUGGAUUUAAAUGCUUCGUGUGACGAUGGAACGGAAUACUCGGAGGAGGCUGCUUCAUUUGAGUUCGUCAGCGUACCAGCACAAGUACCGCCAGACCCUUGCAACUGCAGAGACCAUGCAGCAGAGCGGGUGGACAGAACUAACGUUAAAUCGAAGCUCAUGUCUGCUUGGAAUAACGUCAGAUAUGGAGGCUGGUCAAUCAAAUCCAAACCUCGACUGAGUAAGACCUCACCUGUUUUUCUGUUGGGUCGCGCCUACUUGCUCAGUCCUGCAGGGGAAAGAGAGAGUUUUCGUCGAGCGUUCUCCUCUCUGUUUUGGCUGACAUACAGACGGAGUUUCCCUAAGCUGGAAGGAUCCUCUCUUACCUCUGACUGUGGAUGGGGUUGCAUGCUACGCAGUGGACAGAUGCUACUGGCUCAGGGCCUAAUGCGACACCUACUUCCCACAGACUGGACGUGGCCGGCCACCCACCGUCACCAAACCACUGAUGACCUGACCAUUCAUGACCUCAGUAACGGCUCUCAGUUCCACCAUGCGAACGGCACAAGUAGUCGAGAUGCGAUCAGGCCAAAUAGAAAGAGUCUUGGCAGUGUUGUGGAUAGUGAGAGUGAGAACGAGAAGACACACAGGAGGGUGGUGUCCUGGUUUGGGGACACACCCGAUACCCCUUUUGGUUUACACCAGCUGGUUAAACUGGGUGAGGCUUCCGGGAAGAGGGCCGGAGACUGGUACGGCCCCUCCAUUGUGGCACACAUACUCCGUAAAGCUGUAGCAGCAUCUGAGCUACAAAGUCUGACAGUGUAUGUUGCACAGGACUGCACAGUGUAUAAAGAGGAUGUACUAAGACUGUGUCAGGCAGGGGCGUCUGAGGCCAGACUGGGUCUGUCAGGGUGGAAAUCCGUCAUCAUCCUGGUACCUGUCCGGCUGGGUGGAGACAACCUCAACCCUGCUUACAUAGAGUGUGUCAAGAAACUUCUCAGUCUGAGAUGUUGUAUUGGGAUCAUUGGAGGCAAACCCAAGCACUCGUUAUUUUUUGUUGGAUUCCAAGAUGAACGACUUAUAUAUUUGGACCCUCACUACUGUCAGUCCACUGUGGAUGUCAGUGUAGACAACUUCCCUUUAGAGUCAUUUCACUGUAAGUUUGCCAGGAAAAUGCCAUUCAGUCGCAUGGACCCAAGCUGCACCAUUGGCUUCUACGCUAAGAACAGGAGAGACUUUGACACCCUGUGCACGGAAGUCAGUGUGGCGCUGACCUCCUCCACCGAGAAAUAUCCCAUCUUCACCUUCGCUGACGGCUGUGGGCAGGACGAACGGGAUGAAGAGGAUCAGGUGACGCCUGACCGCACGACUCACCUCUCGUCGCCCACGGUGACGCAGAGACACGGGAGGGCCAGUAAGAGGAGCAGCCUGGAUGAGUUUGUGCUCCUAUGAGCUCACAGAUGUUAGACUCCCACCCUGCACAUAUACAGACUUACCCUGGCUUUUUUUUUUUUCCCCCACUGCUGUUACAAACCGGAAAACCAGGAAGAAUACAAUCACCCCCUGACCGUUCAUACAAUGACACUGCAGUCCUGACUUCCUGCUGUGUGCCGUUACUCAUAUAACCCACAGAACUGCUCAGUACAGCUCAGUUCAGAGUUUCUCUACAUGUCUACAUGUUCACCAGGCAAAAGGU